GCUUCCUCAUCAGCAGCACUUCCGGGUUGGGAGAAAGGUGGCAGCGCUUUCGGAGGGAAUAAAAUGGAAGGAGAAUCACGCAGAUUUGAAAUCCACACUCCAGUUUCUGACAAGAAAAAGAAAAAGUAUUCUGUACAUAAGGAAAGACCUCAGAAACAUUCCCACGAAAUUUUCAGAGACUCCUCCCUGGUGAGUGAACAGUCUGAAAUAACUAGGAGGAAAAAGAGGAAAAAAGAUUUCCAGCAUCUCAUUUCUUCUCCUUUGAAAAAAUCCAGAAUCCAUGAUGAUGCUGAAAAUGCCACUGCUACGCUCAAAAAGAGAAAAAAGAGAAGAUACAGUGCUUUGGAGGUGGAAGAGGAAGCAGGUGUUACAGUUGUCCUUGUGGAUAAAGAAAAUAUUAGCAACACACCAAAGCCUUUUAGAAAGGAUGUUGAUGUCAUUUGUGUUGAUAUGAGCAUGGAACAGAAGUUACCAGAAGAGCCUAAAACAGACAAAUUUCAGGUACUUGCUAAGUCACAUACACAUAAAUCAGAAGCACUGCACAAUAAAAUUAGGGAGAAAAAGAAUAAAAAGCAUCGGAGGAAAGCUGCAUCCUGGGAUGCUGUACAGGAGAGCCAGCGGGCAAUGGAUGCCCUGCCUCAGUCGGAAUCCCACCAGGAGGAGUCCUGGCUUUCUAUGGGUCAAGGGGGUGAAAUGACAGAACUACCAGCAUCUGCUCAUAAAAACAAGUGUAAGAAAAAAAAGAAAAAGUCCAGUAACCAGGAAUAUGAGACGUUGGCCAUGCCUGAAGGAUCGCAAGCGGGCAGUGAGGCUGAGCCUGAUAUGCAGGAAUCCCGGCCUGCUGUGGGCUUGGAUGGUGAAGCUCCAGAACUACUAGGACCUACUCACAAAAAAAAGUCUAAGAAAAAAAAGAAGAAAAAGUCCAGUUACCAGGACUCUGAGGCAUUGGCCAUGCCUGAAGGAUCACAAGUGGGCAGCGAGGUUGGGACUGAGACGCAGGAAUCCCGGCCUGCUGUGGGCCUACGUGGUGAAACUGCAGAACUACCAGCACCGGCUUAUAAAAACAAGUCAAAGAAAAAAAAGAAAAAGUCCAGUCACCAGGAAUUUGAGGCAAUGGCCAUGCCUGAGAGCCUUGAGAGUGCAUACCCUGAAGGAUCACAGGUGGGCCGUGAGGUUGGGAUUGUGGAAGGCAGGAAGGCUCUUAAAGGGUUCAAGGAAUCCAACAGUACAGAGAAGAAGUCUAAGAAAAGGAAGCUUAAGUCUGUCAAAAGGGCCGUAGCGUCUGGUGAUGGUUUUUCAGUGUCCAGUAAGAACUCUGAGAGCACACUCUUUGAUUCAGUAGAAGGUGAUGGCGCCGUGAUGGAAGAAAGUGUGAAACCCAGGCCCCGACGAAAGAAAACCCGGGCCUGUUCAGCAAGCAAGCAUAUGCAAGAGGUGCCAAGGUUAGAACCUGCAAAUGAAGAACGCAAUGUGGAAACAGCUGAAGAUUCCGAAACAAGGUAUUUGUAUGCAGAUUCAGGAGAUGCCGAUGAUUCAGAUGCGGAUUUGGGUUCUGCCGUCAGACAGCUUCAGGAAUUCAUUCCUAACAUCAAGGACAGGGCCACCAGCACAAUCAAGCGGAUGUACCGGGAUGACUUAGAAAGGUUUAAGGAAUUUAAAGCACAAGCCCCUCUGAUCACCUUUCUUCUGACUUCAGGUAGGAACAUUGCCCGGCCCUGGAAGCUUAUAUACUAUCGAGCAAAGAAGAUGUUCGAUGUCAACAAUUACAAAGGCAGGUAUAGCGAAGGAGACACUGAGAAGUUAAAGAUGUACCAUUCUCUCCUUGGGAAUGACUGGAAGACGAUUGGUGAGAUGGUGGCCCGAAGUAGCCUCUCCGUGGCCCUGAAGUUCUCGCAGAUCAGCAGUCAAAGAAAUCGUGGUACUUGGAGUAAGUCUGAAACCCAGAAACUAAUCAAGGCUGUUGAAGAAGUGAUUCUAAAGAAAAUGUCUCCCCACGAGUUAAAAGAGGUGGAUUCCAAACUCCGAGAAAAUCCUGAAAGUUGCCUAUCAAUUGUUCGGGAAAAACUCUACAAGGGCAUAUCUUGGGUAGAAGUAGAAGCUAAAGUGCAAACCAGAAAUUGGAUGCAGUGUAAAAGUAAGUGGACAGAAAUUCUAACCAAGAGGAUGACUAAUGGUCGGCGCAUAUACUGUGGCGUUAAUGCCCUGCGGGCCAAGGUCAGCCUUAUUGAAAGGUUGUAUGAAAUAAAUGUGGAAGAUACUAAUGAAAUAGACUGGGAAGAUCUUGCUAGUGCCAUAGGUGACGUUCCUCCAUCUUACGUUCAAACGAAAUUUUCUAGGCUGAAAGCUAUCUAUGUUCCAUUUUGGCAGAAAAAGACUUUUCCAG